AGAGAGUCGGUAGACGUGCCGAGCGUUGUGGCUAAGAUAUUCUGGUUAGGCGAUGCAAUGGAGACUCUAUUCGACGAGGUUUUGUUGAGGAAUGGAAUGACCAAGUUGGUGUCGAGGGGACGCGAGCUCAAGUCUGAGGGUGGCAGUCACGGAAAGAAACUUGGAAAGCUUCUUACGAAACCGUUGGAUCGUUUCUCAAAGGAGAAUAUCAUUCGGUGGUUGGUCAGUUUGCCCCUCAACGCCAUCCCAGUGUCUGGCCCCUCUUAUCACGCACGCUACUUCCAACUCAAAGAGAGCACCACGAAAUACGACGCUGCCCACCAAGACGGAAGCUCACAAAACAAAGUAUCGACAUUCAACAAGCAGACGUUUAUUGCGCAGCGCAAAGGCAGUUAUGCUGCGUUUGGCGCAGUCGCGAUGGCCUUGGACGUGCUCGUGCCGGGAGGUGCGAUCCUCUGUAUGCUCGGAAAUCAAGUUGGUGCGGCGCUUUGGGCCGUAGAAUUGGAGAGGCAGG